AAGGGGUUCUAAAAAAUUUUGGCUCAAUAAUUGCUUGUGAAAUAAGUGAAAAUUAUUCAGGUCCUAUUACUUAUAUAAACUCUCAUUUGACUCCAAACAAAACUCUUUUCUCUUAAAUGCCGCCAUGGACAGUGGAAAUGCAGACCAAGAUCCAUGGCUAGCUCCAGACAAGCUCUACCACGUCCUCUUCUGCUUCUCUCUCACCCUUAUUUUCUCUGCCUUAGCAUCCUGUACCCGUUACUCAUUCCUCCGGACCCAUUCAAUCCGGGUCGGAUCCAUUCUGUCCCUUUUGGCCGGUGCCGCUAAGGAGGCUGCUGACCACCUCGGCCUCUUCCCCUCAGCGGGCGCUUCGUUCAAGGAUGCUGUCGCCGAUGUUAUCGGCGUCUUGAUCGCCUCGUUCGCUCUUUCCUUACUGAGGAAGUUUUCGGGUCGACCCGGUUUUGAAAAGAGUCAGACCCGAAGGGUUUUGCCUGUUUGAGUGGUGUUUUGGCUUGAAAGUUUCGUGGGGUCGUACUUUUUUCUAUUUUUCCUUGUAGGGGUCGGAUUGGUUUGCGAUGAGGGACGAAAAGGUCUGUUUUGUUGGUGAGAAACUGAGGGAAAACAGUAGAAAAUGGAGAAAAGCUGCUAGUUUUAGAAUCCUCAAUUUUUGUUGGGAUUAAGAGUUGAAUGGAAUGAGUUAGAGUAACUUUUUUCCACCAAAUUGAUGAGAGGGGUCACUUUUUGCUUUGUUUGGUCGAUGAUAAAAUGUGGGAAAUUUUGUAUUUUAGCCAUAAUUCGGAACUCAGAGAAACAAAGAAAAAAUCCAUUUAGUUGAAGAAGAUACAGAGCUUAGUUUAGGAAUCAUUGAGCAGUUCUCUUCGUCUUGUCAGCUAUUCGACCAUUUGCAUUUUGUUCUGACCGAGUUCUUGGAUUAUUUAUGUAGCACUUGGAACGAUGUUAAUUAAUCACCCUCUGAAGCUCUCAGUUAAAGGCUUUUAACGAGUUUCAUCGUCUUUCUCCGUCAGUUUGAUGGCAAAAUAGUUUCCUGUGCCACACAUAACUCCAGGAAUGUGGGCAAUUUUGUAGACCUGCGUGGCCUUGUGAUUGUUUGGAGCAAUGGGUGGGCCCAGUGUUAUUUCCGGUUUCAAUGAACCACCUGUCCCUGGCUAUGCAGUACCACAAGAAAAGAGGAAGGAAAAACUAGAAGCAAACCACUCAAUAAUGGCACAAAUUUAAUGAGUCUGGAGGAAGAGGUAAUGGGUAUGGGAUACUAAGGCAGAGAAGAGAAGAGAACAUUGAGAGAAGCAGGAGAGGAAAGAAAGAACAAAAAAGCUUAUUGUUAUUACAGAUGAUAAAAACCUAAUUGAAGUAUCCAUUUCAGCUGUCUCCAUAUUGUCAACUACUUGAUCAUUUGCAAUUUGUUCAGACUGAGUUCUUUGAUUAUUUUUGUACG